UUUACGCACGUGGAGCCGCUCCGCUCCUGCGGGGGGCUCCGUCGCGUGCAGCCCGUCCGUGGCCUCCUCGAACCGUCGGGCAGCUCCAGCAGUCUGCCGAGCCCUCCCGAUCCCCCGCUUCCCUCUCUCCACCUUUCCUCCGAGGAACCGAGUCGGCAUUACGUCAGAAAGUGCAGGGCAAGCAACACUGCGUCUUAGGAGCUAUUCGUAGGCACUGCUGCCAAACCCGGCUUGGGGCUGCUCACGAGCUCACUGCAGCCAAUGCAAUUUAGAAAUCCAACUCUUUCAAAUCAGCAGCAGUAUGUGGUAAGUCGUUUAUUCAUUCAUACUAUUUUAUCGUCCGCGCUGGGAUCCAUUCUCACAGCUUUCUUCACACGACAGGUCUCGCCGUUGCUGGCACGGUUGCGCAAAACAGGUCCAGCAGUGCAAACGGUGCAAAGAUGAAGAGUAGGCUGAUUCCUCCCGUAGCCUCUCUGCACGCACCAUGACAUGAUGAGGCAGCAGCGGGUUCUGACGCACAGAGGUUGCUGCAGAUUUUGAUUGUGUGCGAUUCUUUGCCGGUCUCAACAAGUCAACAUGCCCCACGCUCGAAAUAGGAACCCCAGUCCCAUCCCAGAGGUAACAUGGGACACGGGACUGAAAGAGAUGAACGAGACGUGGAAGGGAGCUAUAGCCUGCCUCGGGGUGGCCGUCUUCUUUGUGAUGACCAUCGGGAUUAUAUACUGGCAAGUGGUGGACCAGCCCAACAAGAACUGGAUCCUCAGGGGGACUUUUAGCGGACUGAUCUGGGAGAGAAGAACCCAAUCGCUUGUCAUCCAGACCCUAACGGAGGACAAAACCUAUGUGGAGAUAGACGUCGGGAACGCGGGGAACCCCGACAUCGAGGUGCCGUUCGUGCGGAACCUCUGCUGGCUGAAUAAAACUGAGUUCUGCUACACGUGGGACUCGCUGGCGGAGGUGAAGAUCUCGCUGGAGGUGAACGAGGAGACGGAGACGGAGUGCUACAGCAUGACUUGGGCGCCGGUGCAUUGCCAUGUGGAGCUGAAGGACUGCUUCUCCAUGGCCAACGUGUCCUGGUACGGCGGUGCCAGCGUCCGGGGUCAGACGUGGCCCAUCAACGACCAGAACGCCACCAUGCAGCCCUUCGUGGUCAGCGACCUGAAGGACAACCCCUCCGGCUACGGCUCAGUCCUGGAACGCUACUUCCUGGGCUCGUCAGGUGUUGCCGUCCUCGUGUCCCCUGAUGUCCCGGUGCAGCUGGGGGUGGACAGCCGGCAGCAGUUCUGCCUGCAGUCGCUGCCCAGCAUGGAGCGUCUCCCUCUGCAGUACACCGUGUGCGUGGCCCACAACGUGAAGGCGGCCCACCAGGAGGCCAUGCGCCACCUCUCCCAGCACGGCAGGGAGCUGCCCAACAUGCGCAUGCUGGGGCUGCCGUUCUGGAGGCUGCUCUCGAACGUGGAUUCGGGGCAGAAAUUAGAGAGGGAGCUGAGGAUCUUCUCCAAUCGUCUGAGGAGACACCAGCUCGGGGAGGGGGUCAUCAGCCUCAAUGAACAUUCCACCACCCUGCUCUCUGAUGUGGACCAUGAAUACCUCAACAGGAAAAGGGGGAUGACCAAGAGACUGACCAGGGACCUCCCACUCGUCAAGCUUCUUAACAUUUCCAUCACCCUGUCCCCGUUCCUGGGUGUGGACACCGCCCAGUUCCACACCUCCCUGUCAGACGGCACCCAGGGCUACUGGCUCAGCCUCCCCUCAGCCCCGCGGGGACAGCUGAUCCCCGUAAUGAGUCACUGGCAAGGGAGGUUCUGUGUAAAGCUGAACAUAACCAACCCGGGCGCAGUGAGCUGGUUUCUGGACAGAGUGGGGUCCCUUCAGGCCCAUCUGGGAAUGGAGUACAUUGUGCUGGAGGGGGGCGAGGGGAAUCUGUUUGAGGAACAGGCUCUGCGGCCGCCACAAGCUCUGGGUGGAGACAAGUACAUCAGCUUACUGGCCGAUGUGGCCGCCAGUAUAGGAAACUCCACCAUCAUGACAGCAGGGACACGGUCGAGCCACAGGCCUCUGUUCGUGAGGAUGACCCGCUUGCAGUCGGACUGGGGCCCAAUGGGCCUGAAGGGCAUCAUUCCCUCCCUGCUGCACCACACUCUGCUGGGAUACAAUUUCCUCAUUCCUGAUGCAGUAGGUGGCUCCCUGUCUGGGGAGCUGGUCACAGAUGAGGAGUUGUUCAUCCGCUGGCUGGAGAUCGUGGCCUUUCUGCCCGUUAUCAACUUCCACACACCGCCCUGGGUCUGUGGAGAGGAGCGGGUGCUGAACCUCACGCAGACCUACAUAGCGAAGCACCGGAGGGAGGUGGUGCCGCUGAUAGAGCGCUUCGCGGAGGAGUGGCGGCUCACGGGAAACCCUGUGUACCGACCCACGUGGUGGCUCAGCCCCGGUGACGCCGCCACCUUCGCCAUCGACGAUCAGUUCCUCAUCGGAGACGAGGUCCUGGUGGCGCCGGUGGUGGAGAAGGGGGCGGUGCGGAGGGAUAUUUAUUUGCCGGACGGCGGCUUCCAGUGGCAGGACAGCCAGAACGCUCGGGUGUUCGAUGGGGGGACGUUUUUACAGGACUACCCCGUGGCCUUGGAGGAGGUGGCGGUGUUCUUAAGGAGAAGCUGAGUCAUGUGACAGAACCAGCGGGUCACAUGACUAACUCUUACUCUUACGAAUCAAAUUUUUUUCUUUUUUAAAUAUUCGUGCUGUUUUCAACUUGCACUUUUCCACUAAAGACCAUUAGCUCUGUCUCAAGGCUCCGUCUUGAGGUAAUAUGUUUAAAUAUUUUUUUAUACUUGCACUUUACGGUUCAAAAAUGAUUUGUAUUUUUUUUCCUUUGUGAAAUUUUUUCUUCCUUUUUUUUUUUUAAAGAAAAAAUUAAUCGGUUUUACCUCUUGCCUGAUUUGUUUCCAGACUUGUUUGAGCUACUAUCAUUUUUUGUACGCAUCCUUCAGUGUGUUUACAUACUGCAUUUCUACAGUCUUUACAUGUUUAGCCGCUGCUGGCUCUGUUGGAACAAAGCUUCGUUUGCUUAAAAAAAAAACAGAAUCUGAAUCUCUCAAGAAGACCAAAUGAAGACAAGGAACGAUGUGUGAAGCGGCUUUUUUCGAGGGGACAGCUCAGAGAAAGCUUUGCGGCGGAGACACCAAACCACUGCACCGUGUGUUUUUGCUCACUGGUCGGCUUCUACUUGAACUUAUCAGGCUAAAGGGCUGAUAUGAACGUACCUCAAGUUAUGGGUUUCACUGCUUUGCGGAGUCAUUGCACACAAACAACUUCUUACCCCUUGUAGCACUUACCCCUAGAAUAAUUAGUUGACACUUCACUCUUCACUACGUGGAGUAGUUUAGUACUGUAGGGCAGAUAGACUUCAGGUUGUUCUAACUGUGGCUAUAUUUGAAUUUAGAUUCGUUUUUACCUUUGUAUUAACCUACUGUAGUGAGGUCUGAGCUUUUAUACUCUAACUCGUUUUAUUGUUGUGUUCAUGUGCCAAAUGUUGUGUUGAAGAAAAACCUUGCUAACACCACAGCAUUAAAACAUAGACCUUGUGGGAAAGAUGCUUUCAUAUAUAUAUAUAUAUAUAUAUAUAUAUAUAUAUAUAUAUAUAUAUA